AUGGUCGCCAACACUGAAUCGCAGCGAAAGCCCAACAAUGCCAACGCUUUGGAUCAAGAAAGUAGCAUACACAUCACUCACAACGACACAGUCCCACUUCAAGCCAGAACACCCACACACCCUAACAGGACAGCCAAUAGCACACGCUCAGCGCUGAGAGAUAGAGAGACACGCGCACGGCUUUGUGCGCAGAAACAACCGCACACACACGGAGAGCGCUGCAGUACUGGGGAGAUGGGAGAGGAUGGCGUCAGUGAGUCUGGCAUCAAUGGAGAGGGUCAG